CCUCCAUCACUUUGCAUCACUACAUCUCGCAUUGCUAGCUCUUACUACUACUUCUAGUUCUUGAUUUCCCCCUUGUGUGAUUGAGAGAAUAUUAGCAAUGGCCUCCUCAAAGGUCAUUCUUCUCCUCGGCCUCGCCUUCCUCGCGGUCGUUCUCAUCUCAUCUAAGGCGGUCUAUGCUCGUGAUCUUGCUGAAACCACCCAGACUGACGACUUUGGUGGACAUGGUGGAUAUGGCGGGGGCAAAGGCUAUGGUGGUGGGCGCGGUGGCGGUGGGCACGGUGGUGGCGGGCACGGCGGGCACCCUGGCCAUGGUGCAGUGGAGGAAACCGAAGGCUAUGGCGGCGGACACGGUGGCGGUGGUGGCUAUGGCGGUGGACACGGUGGCGGUGGGCACGGCGGCGGUGGCUAUGGCGGUGGUGGCUAUGGUGGCGGACACGGUGGCGGUGGUGGCUAUGGCGGUGGACACGGUGGUGGUGGGCACGGCGGCGGUGGCUAUGGCGGUGGUGGCUAUGGCGGUGGACACGGUGGCGGUGGGCAUGGUGGCGGUGGGCACGGCGGGCACCCUAGCCACGGUGCAGCGGAGGAAACCGAAGCCGGGAACUAA